GGAAGGAAACGAUGAGUGCCUCCUCGUGGCCCCAGAAUGGAAUGCCGCCGUCGGUAGGGGUCUGCCGGGCAUAAAGGGGCCUUCGGAACCCCACCAGAGUCACAGCCAGGGAGGGCAGCGGGGCGCACCAGGCCGACGGCUCACACCACAGGGAGGGCAGCUAGGACAUGGGGGGAAGCGCCUUAAACCAGGGAGUCCUGGAAGGGGACGACGCCCCCGGCCAGUCCCUGUACGAGCGGUUAAGUCAGAGGAUGCUGGACAUCUCGGGGGACCGGGGCGUGCUGAAGGACGUCAUCCGAGAAGGAGGUGGAGACCUAGUGGCGCCUGAUGCUUCGGUGCUAGUGAAAUACUCGGGAUACUUGGAACACAUGGACAGACCCUUCGAUUCUAAUUACUUUAGGAAAACUCCUCGGCUAAUGAAACUUGGAGAGGAUAUUACACUGUGGGGCAUGGAGCUGGGACUUCUGAGCAUGCGGAGAGGAGAGCUGGCCAGGUUUCUGUUCAAACCGAACUACGCCUAUGGAACGCUGGGCUGCCCUCCCUUGAUCCCUCCAAACACCACUGUCCUGUUCGAGAUUGAGCUGCUUGACUUCCUAGACUCUGCUGAGUCAGACAAGUUUUGUGCUCUCUCAGCUGAGCAGCAAGACCAGUUUCCACUUCAGAAGGUCCUGAAAGUGGCAGCUACGGAACGGGAGUUUGGCAACUACCUUUUCCGCCAGAAUCGUUUCUAUGAUGCCAAAGUGAGAUAUAAAAGGGCCCUGUUGCUUCUGCGCCGGAGAUCAGCACCCCCUGAAGAGCAGCACCUGGUGGAGGCCGCCAAGCUUCCUGUUCUCCUGAACCUGUCCUUUACAUACCUGAAGCUAGACCGACCCACCAUAGCCCUGCGCUAUGGAGAGCAGGCUUUGGUCAUUGACCAAAAGAAUGCCAAGGCCCUCUUCAGGUGUGGACAGGCUUGUCUUCUCCUGACUGAGUAUCAAAAGGCCCGGGAUUUUCUAGUUCGAGCCCAGAAGGAGCAACCCUUCAAUCACGAUAUCAAUAACGAGCUGAAGAAACUGGCUAGCUGUUACAGGGACUAUGUGGAUAAAGAGAAAGAAAUGUGGCACCGCAUGUUCGCGCCCUGUGGCGAUGGUUCUACAGCAGGAGAAAGUUGAAGUUGCUUGGAACAUGAGACUGAGUAGAGUCAUGAAUGUGAUGGUUGACAGAGCUGGGCUUUGACGUGUCAAGCUUCUCUUCAUCUUCUUUCUCUUGAGAACUCGAAAGCCUCCACUUGACUGUGUCUCUAACACAUUACUGAAGCAGACAAGAUCGCAGGGCAGGGAUGGGCUGUGGCUCUUACAUUCUGCUUCCUAUUAGAGUUAGAGAUUUGAAGAUGCUGAAAACAACAGGGAGCGGAAUAUAGCAUUCCUCCCAAGAUCACACCUAGUAAUUUUGCAGGCACAGGGCGGGAGUUCCCAAGCGCAUGAGAUAACCCUCCAGUCUGAACCCUCCAGUCUGGUCUACUAUUUAAUAAAAUUAAUGGAAACAAAAUCACCUGCCUGAAACACCUGCUUAGCUGCACAGAUAACUCUGCUCUCUCGAGAGAAGUUAAACAAGGAACAACAAGAAAACAGCUGCUGAAUGGGCUCAUGGUGAUAAAUCUCUCCUUUGUUGCUUCCUCCAUCUCCCUACAAAAGGGGCUUGAGAGGAGGAGGCAGUGAAAAGGCCUAUUCAUCCCCGACAUUUUCACAGCGGUCCAUAAACUGCUGCUAUCUGCACUUUCAGAUGCGCCCAUCAGCAUCACAG